ACGGCCACUCCAACGUGAAACAGUCAAUGACCGGAACAGUGUUCCACCGGUUGCUGGGGUCCACAACAUCAUCGCGCGUUAACAAUCCGCCGGUCAUCUGAGACACCGGGCACUCCAAGGCAAAGCCAAAGCUCCAGACGAUCUCAGUUGUGCGAAACCCGGUUUGGAUCAAAUGGACCCCGGGGAUAUGGUUCUCUCCGACCGGGUCAGAAUCGACGGCACUGUAACUCAGGUGACGCUAACGACCGGCGGCCAGCUCCGGUGGCCCGGCCGCUGUCUGGUUAUAAAGAAGGAGGUCCUCUGCUUCUCCGUUGAAGGAUCACAGAUCAAAAUAAGGGCUAUUGUGGAAAGAGGAGCUGGAAUCUGCUGCGGCGGCGGCUACACAUCGCCUCUUCUCAGGAAAACAUUCUCUUUAGAUUUCGAGUCCAUUUCUGAGGAAUCUCUCAGGCUUUGGAGUCAUAAACUCCAAGAAUUCAUGGAUUCUCUGGGCCGGCCUAAAAGGCUGUUUAUAUUUGUGAAUCCAUACGGAGGAAAGAAAUCUGCCUCUAAGAUUUUUCAUGAUGACGUAAAACCACUCCUUGAGGAUGCAAAUAUUGAAUAUGCAUUGCAAGAAACAAGAUAUCAACUCCAUGCCAAAGAAGUUGUUCAUAUCUUGGAUCUUUCAGAGUACGAUGGAGUCGUUUGUGUUAGCGGAGAUGGAAUUUUGGUUGAGUAGGUAGUUAGUGGACUGCUUGAAAGGGAGGACUGGAAGACUGCAAUUAAGACAUCCCUUGGAGUAAUACCUGCAGGAUCUGGAAAUGGGAUGGCCAAAUCUCUUCUAGAUUCAGUAGGAGAGCCUUGCAAUGUUUCUAAUGCAGCUCUUUCUAUUAUUCGAGGCCACACGAGAGCACUAGAUGUAGCUACCAUUUCACAGGGGCGGACCAAGUGUUUCAGUGUCUUGUUGCUUGCUUGGGGACUUAUAGCUGACAUUGACAUUGAGUCUGAGAAGUACAGGUGGAUGGGCAGUGCUCGAUUUGAAAUUUAUGUAUGCAAGUUUUUUUUCCGGCA